UACUUUACGACUGAGCAACUAUCACUUCCGGCUACAGUGACGAAAUUUUGACGCGCCGUCGCCCAGCGAUUGUGUCACUUUUUCGCGAAGUGCCUGCAUCUAUCUUGCUGAUCAUUUUAGAAAAUAUGUAUGAAUAAAGAAAAGAAAGCUUGACUAAGGUACACAAAUGAGAAUCAUUAAACCCGAGGCGUCAUCCAUGGUCGAGUCUGUCGCAUGGGAUGCGGAGGGGAAAAGGGUCGCCUGGGACGGGGAGCGGGGUACUGUGCGCUAUGUGGGCACCGUGCCUCCCACCACAGGUGCGUGGCUCGGUGUGGAGUGGGACAACCCAGAACGAGGAAAACACGAUGGCAGACAUGAAGGAGUUCAGUAUUUCACAUGCAGACAUCCAACCGGUGGCUCCUUCAUCCGUCCACAAAAAGCCAGCUUUGGUGUUACCUACCUGGUGGCAAUGAGGCAGCGGUAUGAGGUGGAUUUGGGUGCCAUCACUGGAGAGCAACUCAAGAUUUCUACCAGGACAGUGGAGAUGAUUGGAUUUGAAGCUGUUUCUGAAAAACAGAAAGUAGCAAAUGUCACGGCAGUGUCACUCAGAUGCUGCGAGGUCAGUGGUCCUGGUCCAGAGAAUGAAAUCAGAGAAAUGACACCCAAUGUGCUGUCGCUGGACCUGUCUGGCAACCUGCUGUGCUGCUGGGAGGACGUAGCUGGUAUCACCCGCCAGCUCCAGUGUCUCCAGGAGCUCCGGCUGGGUGAAAACAGACUGAGACUCCCUGCUGACCCCCACAGCCUGGCUCCUGCAUUUGCCAGCCUGAAAGUCCUUGAGCUUAAAGGCAGUGCCAUGUCUUGGUCGGAGGUUCUGCAGUGUGCCCCCAUGUGGCCAUUCCUGGAAGAGCUGUACGUUAAUGACAACUGCAUCACCGAACUGCAGAAGCCAGUCAGUGUCUUACACUCCCUGACUGUGUUGGAUCUGUCCAGAAACCCCAUUGCUGAUGGAAGCGAGAUCCUAAAAAUAGCUGAUCUCCCCAGGUUGGAGAAGCUCAACUUAGCUGAAACUGGGCUCUCGUCCCUACAGUUCAGUGACGUAGGUCCAGGAGGCAAGACUGCAAUGUUUCCUGCACUGAAGAUUCUAUCACUGGAUGAUAACAAAAUUUCAGAGUGGUCUGUGGUAAAUGAGCUGGAGAAGCUGGCCAGCCUACAGCAGCUGUCUUGCCACAGGAACCCGCUGAUGGGGGCAGAGAGGGACUCCCAAACGGCCCGGCAGCUCCUCAUCGCCUCCAUCGGCCAGCUGGAGGUGCUGAACAAGUCUCAGGUCACAUCGGAGGAGAGGAAGGGGGCGGAGCUGGAUUACUGCAAGAUGUUUGGCACCAAGUGGCUGGAAUCCGGGGGCCACCGCGACUCAGAACAGAACCGGCCCAGUGCGAAAUUCACUGAAGAGCACCCUCGGUUCCAGUUCCUCAUCCAGAAGUACGGCGCGCCAGAGGACGGCGAACUCAAGCGGCAAAAACCAUUUGCGCUGAAAAACCAGUUACUGAAUAUAACUUUCGUUUGUCCUGACAUGGCCGACAGGACACCGGUCCAGAAGAAGCUCCCAGACUCCAUGACCGUGCAGAAGGUGAAGGGUCUCCUGCACCGGAUGCUGAAGGUCACGGACUCGGAGCUGAGGCUCACGUACACCAGUUCAAAGAUGGAGGGCAGGGAGAUCGAGAUCGACAACGACCUGAAGCCGCUGCAAUUCUACUCCGUCGAGGACGGGGACACGGUGCUGGUCCGAUGGUCCUGACAGAACACCUAGGAUUGACUGGUGACCUUGGAGGAAGUUGGGAUCCACCCUGCCUGGGAAAGCUUGGCUUCGCUCCAUUUAGACUGCUUAACACAAUCGCGCCAUUUACAGUCUGGCAGGCUGGACUAAUUGUUGCCUGAACGUUUGCUGGACUCCUACCUGCCACGUUCAGGCAUUUACAGCCAUGCCGCUUGUGAGACAAAGGGGUGUCUUUGUACACAGAGAGCUGAUAAAGGACUAGGGGCACGAACAGACAGCGAGCGUGUUCAUAAUCCCACGCUCAGUGUGCUUGUCUAAAUAUUUAAAAGCACACCACCAAGACGACUUGUGUGUUAUUUGACAGCUUACUGGAACUACUGUCUAAAUGAAAUGUAUAAUAAUUAAAUGUCACGUCAGAAAUAAUCUCUCUUUUUUUAUGGGAUAGAAGGUUGUUUUGACCUAAAUGUGUUGCUACUACUUCCCUUAGACUGGUGCUUCUCAUCCCAGUCCUCAGGGACCCCCUCCCAGCAGUCCACAUUAUAGCUUUCGCCCAGCUGCCAACACACCAGUAUCAGGUAUUCGGUGUUCUUGAUUGGUCGGGAGCUGGGAGGAAGCAAAAACUCGGAUUGCUUAGGGGUGCCCAAGAACCAGACUAUGGUUUCGGCAAGCACCAGCAUCGUACUUGCAUAGUUCAAAUUACGCAAGUUGCUAACAUAGCAACUAUGCUUUUGGGAAACGCACCCCACGUUGAGACUGAUUUAGACAAACACCUGAGCACCAGUAGUGUGUGUACGCAGUUGACCUCUGUCGGGGAUAGCCUGGAAACAGUGAAGUAAUCUGCAAUAGUGAACUUGGAUUGACAGCACUACUCCCUGUGUCAGCGGCUGCUUGUAGCAGGAAAUAUUUUUUUGACACUAACUCCUGUGACUGUCA